GACCUGCUCACUGCCUCAGACUGAGAGCAUCCUUUUUCUUUGCUUUCUUACCAUCCUCACCAAAACACAGCGAGAUGACGGGAAAUCAUGAGCAUAGCAUAUCUCCACUCCCCGGUUUGCGGUAGAAAUAUCGUUACGGGUUAGCCGUUUAUGGCUAGCGUAAUGCUACACAACAUGAGGCUGUCUUUUCUGAUGAAGAACAGACAUUAUAGCCUGUCUGUGGAAACAAGAAGAAUAUAGUUCUCACUAGCAUAGCGAGCUGGGCUGAGCCUCGAGCUUUCAGUGUUUUCUUUUUCUUUUUUACAAACACGCCUGACAACAAAAUGCUCAUUGACAGUUUAAUUUUAAUUUUUUCUCUUCGGCUGAUGUGAAUGAAAUCAGUGGGCUCCAGUAAAGAAGAUGCACAGAUAAAAGUGUCCUCUUGACAACAUUAAGGUGCCUGAAACGUUCCUGGUUCGAGACUUUCAGAAUCAGGAACGGUAUCUUGGAGAUCACCAACCAACAAACUCAGAAGAGGUCAUCUGGACUGAACUUCAGCAGACCCUCUUCUCCACACUGAUGAAUGUUUGUCAUCAACUUCUACUUGUGCACCAUCACUUAGAUCGCUUAGAUCACUUAUCAAUUGGAAGUGUUAAGCUUUAGUCGUUGGAGUAAUUGGACUGGCUUUUAACAUUGGGAUACAACAUGGCUGCCGCAGCAACUUCACACUGGGAUAGUGACUGACCCAGCAUCUGAUCACAAGAUUUAUUGGAAAUCGGGGCCUUAUGUCUCAGAUAUUACUGAACUUGUCAUUAGCAUUGAUUUGGUAUAUCUAAAUCUGAUACGUAAGUGAACAAAUUCCUAGAUAAUCUCACUCAGGGAUUGAUUCUGAUUCAACAUUCAGUGCGUGUGUCAUGCAGGGGAUCUGGGGACGUUCUAGAAACAAGCUGGCAACUCAUUAUCAACUUAUUAAUGUCCCCAUGACCCCUGCAGAAGUCAGAUAACCGGGUAUCACCUAACCACAUGUCUUUAUCAGAGAUCUAAUAGCAGCCACUGAGAUGAGCUCAUGUCUGUAGCCGCCCCGCGCCAGCGCUGUCGAGGCUGGCGGUCAUCUUCCUCGGCCAUGACCCGGCUGAUGUUGGGCCGGACCCUGGAGCGCAUCUGUAAAGGCGUCCUGCUGCUCUGCCUCCUCCACUUCCUCAUCAUGAUGAUACUCUACUUUGACGUCUACUCGCAGCGCUUCGACCUCUUCAGCCGCUUCAACAACGGCCGCAACGGAUCCAGGAAUAACGUCAGCGGGGCAGCAGGCAGCGGACACCAUUAUUACUAUUACAACCUUUCCAGGCCUAAUGCCACAUUAGCCAGCUACCUGGCCCCAGGGGAGCAGCUGGUGCCCACUGUGCAGCCUGAGACCAAUCAGAUGCCUUCGCCCAAACCUCUGCCGCCGUGCCCCGAGAUUCCCCCCGGCCUCGUGGGCCGUUUGUUGAUCGAGUUCGGCUCCCAGAUGACGAUGGAACGAGUGCAGAAGGAAAACCCCAACGUGACGGAGGGGGGGCGCUACACGCCGCCUGACUGCCGGCCUAGAUGGAAGGUGGCCAUCAUCAUCCCGUUCCGUCACAGAGAAAACCACCUGAAGUACUGGCUCCACUACCUCCACCCCAUCCUCAGGCGGCAGAAGAUCGACUACGGCAUCUACAUCAUCAACCAGUUGGGGGAGGAAACCUUCAACCGUGCCAAGUUGUUGAACGUUGGCUACACAGAGGCUAUGAAGGAUGGGGAGUACGACUGCUUCAUCUUCAGCGACGUGGACCUAAUCCCGAUGGACGACCGCAACCUUUACCACUGCUACGACCAGCCCAGGCACUUCGCCAUCGCCAUGGACAAGUUCGGCUUCAGGCUGCCGUACGCCGGCUACUUUGGAGGAGUUUCAGGACUCAGUAAAAAACAGUUUCUGAAGAUAAACGGCUUCCCCAACGAGUACUGGGGCUGGGGGGGGGAGGACGACGACAUCUACAACAGGAUCACUCUGAAUGGGAUGAAGGUGUCCAGGCCAGACGUUCGCAUCGGCCGCUACAGAAUGAUUAAACACGAGAGAGACAAACACAACGAGCCGAACCCACAGAGGUUUAAUAAAAUCCAGAACACGAAGAACACGAUGAAGAAGGACGGGAUCAGCUCUCUGACCUACAGAGUGAUUCAGUUCAAGAGGUACGCUCUGUACACAAAUAUCUCUGUGGAGAUCGGCAAACCACCGCCCCGGCCUAUAAAGGGCUAGAGAGCGACAGACGAAGGGAGGAAGUCGACAUGCUUUGCCAGGAUGGAAAAAGAUGAGCAGAAGAGAGAAAUCAGGAGAUCACAUAUGCUAGACAUCUGGAAAGAUGCAGGAGGUAAAGGAGAGAGGGAAAAGCCCCAAGCACAUGAUGAUCUCUUUCUCCCUCUUUACUUUUUUUCGUUGUAAUUUGAGUUUGCCAUUUCUGUAACAAGGACCCAGGCUCUUUCCAACUUUUUUUAAGCAGCCACUGGCUUCACAGCUCCUACCUUUGCCAAUCAGUGACUUCAGGAUUGAAAAAGUGUGGAGCAAAGCUUGAAUAUCAGUGGCCGACCAAAGGUUGGCUUCAAACUUGGAAGCUGAUACUUGGAGUCUUUCAUUUACCAAUCUUCUGAAAACUGGAGGUCGUCCAGUGGCAUAUCGACAGAGGAUAUUGCAUUUUUCUGGGAGUUAAGAGAUGAGACAAUAACGUCAUUUGAAACUUUGGAAACUGUUUUGAAUUAUUCGACUAUUUGACCAAGUUCAUAUAAACUGAAGGGAAAAUGUUUUUUUUCAUGGAUACAAAGACAGAAACGAGACGCGGUGUUUGCCGGAUUGGAAAUGGAAUAUCAGGAAUAAUGAACAUGGUGGACAAAAAAAAAGCUUAAAAGCAUUGUAUUUCCCAAGCAUUCACAGUGAUGGUCAAGAGAAUAACAUUAACACGAUAUGAAAACAUGCAGUGAUGCUCUUUAGACUUGUACAUGAAAGAUUGCCUAUCAAAGAAAUCGUCUGACGCUCAUCUUUACAAAUGAUGGUAAUAGAUGAUUUCAUAUUAACAUCUUUGUCAGGGAGUUUUGAUCUAAUUACUUCAUCAAAUCCUCCGAUAUCAAUUAAUGAAUGUGUAUUGUGCCUGCAUCUACUGUGCUGGGACACGCUGAUCCAACAUGUUCGUCAGCAGCAACAAACCCCUGAGAACUCUCUUUUUGUUCUCUUUUUUAUAUACAUAUAUAUAUAUAUAUAAACUCAAACUUUGGAAGCAGAAACUGAACUUUUGAAGUAACUCAUGUGCUGGAUGCAAUGACGUGGAACCACCUUAGGAAAGCAUUUGUCAUCAAAUCAAGGAACCGAAGACAAGGCGGAUACACUGACAGCUCAGUCGUGAUUCUAAACCCAUGUUUGGCACAAAUUGGAGAUUAGGUUUCUGAAAGCUUUGUUUGUUUCCUUUCACCCCCUUGAAAAAAAAUAGAGAUUUAUUUUAGUAAUCUGGGCUUUAAAUGUACAUUUUUGUCUCUACACGGUGCAAACGGAUUGAGUUGAAUUGGAGUUGCAUUAAUUAUCUCCAAGAUAAGAUAUUUGACUAAGUAGUCAUUAGGAAAUCUGACAUGUACCACCUUUACUGGACAGCAAGGGGUUAAACUGAACUGCCAGAUUAGUAGUGGCUCAUAUUUUACAGGAAAAAGUGUUUUUUUAAUUUUUAAUUAUCACAAUUCAAUCAAUCCAUUUACUAUCUCUGCUAUCAUUUUCUCUAAAUCUUUAAGAAAAAGAUGAUCAUAUCCGGAAAGAGGAAAUGAUAAGGUGAUAUUGUUCUGCCGGUGGAAAUUGUGAAUUUUAAGACAGUAAUGAGUUUGAGCAGUUUGACUGACAUCUCUAUGGCUGCUUCAGAUGUUAUCAUUACCAGCUGUCAGCUCUGUAUUCAAAUCUACUUUAUCUCACUUUUUCAUUAAUGAUAGCUACAUUUUCAUAACUUUCCUCAUGUGAAAAAUCCACAAACUAAAACUUAGAUCAUGACUUCCUCCAUCCGCUUUAUUGAAGCCUUUGACUUGUCUCAUGUAUUGUACAUUACUCUUCUUCCCUUGUUUUAUUUGUCCUUGUCUCUACUGUUGACGCCUAAACACCAAACUGAUGCCUUCAGAACUGAUCGAUACUCACGGGGCAGGGACGGUUAUUUUGUAUUUAAAAGUUAUGAUUUGGGUACAAAAUUAAUCGAGGAAGAGAUAUGUUUUGAGAUGUAAUCGAGAAAUUAAACAAUAUUUGUUUCAGUUUUGUACAUUUUGAAAUAUUUUCACUCAUCAAAAAUGGUUAAACAGGCAGAAGAUUAUGCAACGCAGCACCUGUUUGAAUUAGGUAUCAUUCAGGACAAAUUGGGGCUUUUAUUUUGGUAAAAAUAAUGUACAGUAUAGCCUCCCCUGCCCAGCCUCGAGGCAAUAAUAAUGCUCCCAGCUGAUUGGCUCUCCGUUAUCUUCGCUGAAAGCCUGUUGGACGGUUUGAUUACUCCUCUCUCUGCCUCUCACACCCCAAAAUGCAUUCACACAGUCUUCCCUUUUUUCUUUGCAUUAUCUCGCCUUUCAUUGCCUUUUCUUUCUUUCUCUGCCAGUCCAGGCUGUGUGUGUCAAUGGCACUUUGUUGUGCUUUGUGGAGGGCCCACUUCAGGCACAGCUGUGUCUCACAAGAGUGCUUCUUCUUUCAAUAGCUAUCGACAGAGCCUCUCUUUGUGUCUCUGAAUCUGUGCCACUUACUGUCUGCAUCUUUAUUUUUCUAUCUCACUACACUUCCCUAUUUGUGAAUCCUUCUGUUUCCCCCCUUUGCUCAUUUUUGCUUUUCACCUCCAUUGAUAAUCUCCUGGUGAUUUGAAGUGUCCUCAGUGGGCAGACUACCUGUUGAGAAGUCAAUAAAGUAUCUUCUCUAUACUGUUUACAGCUUAACAAGUGCAAUAUUACAGAUUUGUUCACGUGCACCACAUAUCCUGCUUCAAAAUCAUUGUUUUCAAGCGGUGUGUUAGGUGACAACACUUCUUAAAGGUUAGUUCUAAUGCAGUCAUGCUUGUUUUCCUCAUAUUCAUCUCAUGUAUUUGAAAUCUCUAGUGAUCACUCUAUUGAUUUGAGUGUUUUACUUCCAUAUAGGUUAGAAUUGGAGCCGCAUAUGCCGACAUAUCCUGACUUUUAGUUUCUAGUAUGUAUGUAUGUAUUUAAUUCAUGGCUUCAAAGUUACAUGCACACUCACAACAAGCGGAAACUAUAAGUUACACUUUUGGGAAAGAUUUCCUCAAAACCCCCUUUCUGGUUAAAGAACACACACAUUUCCCACAUUUGAAGUUGUGUGUUCAAAUGGGGGAAAAUAUUUCUGGAAUCAGCAGCUCCUUGGACUCGCAGCUCUUUUUGAAUAUCACUUCCUGCUAAAUGCCCACUUUCAUUACCUACACCUACAGCUCAUUAAGUUUCGGAAAAGAAAAAAAACCAUGUCUCGAGCCGAAAGCGAUGUAACCCUGAUGACCUGAUUCCUUUUUACUUUUAAAAGCUCAUUCCACAGCAGAAAUGAUAGUGCAAAUUGAACUUCAAAAUUAAGAUGAAUUCCUUUUCAUUAAGGCUACUCAAAUAUCACAGGCAACCCUUAAUGAGGUCAGUUACAUGAAGAAAGCUGAGGAGUGACGGGUAUUGGAACAAAUGGUUAACAAGAGUGUAUUGUGUAUUAACCAGAAACACGGGAGAUAUGUAAAAGAUCAGCAGCCGAAACUCCAGCAAAAAAAGUAUUUGAAACAUCUCAUUCACUUGAGAAUAGAAACCACUGUGAGGAGCGCUUGAUGUUUCUUAAUAGACUCUUGACUUUUGAAGCCGUUCUACUUGUCAAGCUCUCCUCAGGUGGUGGGAUAUUCGCAACACUUUUCUUCAAAUACUUUUUUUUGCUGCAGCGAGCAGACGAGACUUCUAGGCCUGUGGGCGUUUUUAAACAUUUACUGUAUCUCUAGCUAUGUUUUUUUUGUACAUUGAAUGUUGAAAAUGUUAUAUCUUAUAUAGAAUGCAUUACGUCAUAUCAAACCUACUUUUUCUAUACAAUCAAUAAAUCUGAUGG